AUGCAAGAGGAGGGUUUCGAUCAAGCAAGGGGGCCAAAGCUUACCUCGAGUUGCUCACUUCCACAACCUGCCACUUUGUCGACAAAGAUGCCAGUUGGGAUCGAAGCCUGGAUCACCCAGAUACCGCCCAUAACCCGCGGCUGGCUCGCCCUAUCUGUUCUUACGAGCUUGGCUGUGCAAUGCCAACUGGUUACCCCAUUGCAGUUGUACUUCAGCCCUCGAAGUGCCUUCAUAAACGUCCAGCCAUGGCGGGCGGUCACUACGUUCUUCUACUUCGGGACGAUAUCCUUGGACUUCAUCUUCCAUCUGUUCUUCUUCAUGCGGUAUAGCCGAAUGCUGGAAGAAUCAUCAUUUGCGAACAAGAAGGCUGGGUAUUUCUGGUUGCUGCUCCAGUCAUCCGUCAUGCUGCUGAUCUUAUCACCACUAUUCAAUCUUCCCUUCCUAUCCUCACCACUUGCCUUCGUCCCAAUAUAUUUAUGGUCCAGACGACAUCCCUCGACACCCAUAUCACUGUUCGGUUUGAUUACUAUCAGUGCUCCUUAUUUGCCUGUUGCUCUCGUGGGAUUCUCGUGGGUGCUCAACGGCACAUGGAAAGCGGCAGCAGGAGACCUUGUAGGUUGUGCAGUUGGCCACGUUGGGUGGUUCUUGCGGGACGUUUGGACACGAGAGAUGGUUGGUGGGGUUACUGUCUUCAGUGAACCUCCUGUACGAUUGUAA